UUUUUGGGUAUUGAGUUGUGCUGGGCCCGGCCGACGACACGCGCUACCACGUGCUGGUCAACCUGGGCAAGAAAAUCACCGACUACGGCGGGGACAAGGACAUCCAGAACAUGGAUGACAACAUCGACGAGACGUACGGGGUGAACGUUCAGUUCGAGUCUGACGAGGAGGAGGGGGACGAGGACAUUUACGGGGAAGUUCGGGACGAGGCUUCGGACGAUGACCUGGAAGGGGACGAGGCCGUGGUUCGCUGCACGCUCUCUGCCAACCUGGUGGCAGCAGGGGAGCUGAUGAGCUCCAAGAAGAAGGACCUGCACCCGCGGGACAUCAAAACCCUGGGAAUAAUUGGAAUUUAAUGGGAAUUUUUGGGA